AUGCAAGAGUUUAUUUUCAUUGAACCACUUCAUGCACCUGAUUGGUCAGUAAGGCAAGGGAGAGGCUUGUGUUUGUCAUAGUCAUCACUUAUUUCUUGCAGCACAAGAGUAACGGUCACAUGGAUAUACAACUCAGCAAAUUAGUAAAUGAGAAUUUUAAUAUUUGAACAUGAAAGUCUGUCGAAAGCAAAGAAUGAAAAAUGGCUGAAGAAAAGCGUGCAGAAUUGCAGCUAUAUAAAACAAAAAAGCGUGGAUAGAAAGACAAACCGACUGAGACAUGUCUCCUGCUGAGAGGCUGAAGGUGCUCCUCUUCUUGGCUUUGUUCUUCGGAGCAAUAGGAUUUCUGUUCACACUGCUCUCCUGUGGGACGGAGUACUGGCUGCUGGCUGCUGAGUCCUGCAGCCGGCCAGAGGACAGCUGUGGAGGAAGGGGCCUGAGAGAGGGGAAGAGCAGCACUGAGGCUAUAGACGGUGUGAGGAUCUUCCAUGAGGGUCUGUUUUGGCGGUGCUCUUUCAUGGCUCUUUCAAAUGAAUACUCUAUAUGGGACCUUUGGAUCACAAAUCAGCCACCAUCAAAGGUCUGCCAGGCUGCUUUCCUCUUCCCAUUUCCUGUUAAUGAGCCAAUGCGAUCAUGGGUGGAGCCACACGGUUUACCCACAGAACCGUAUGAACAUCACUCUGCCAUUGUUUUUAGAACCUUCUGGAGCAUCUUCCUCGUCACAGCCUUGACGGCCGUCGCCAUUGGUGGAUUUGUUGUCAUCUGUGCCGGCCCUCUGGCCAAUCACAAACUCUAUAAAGUGGGUGGGGCCCUUCAGCUUUGUGGCGGUCUGUGCCUGCUGGCAGUGGUGGUGAUGUAUCUGAUGUGGGUCCAGGUCCUGGACACCCUGGAUCAGUUUGCCCGUCAUCAGAGAGUCUCCAGUUGCCCCUUCUUCCACCUCAGCAUCCAGCACGGUCCUUCAUUCCUCCUGGCUCCGGUCGCUGUCUUCUUCUGCCUGCUGGCUGGCCUCCUCUUCAUCCUGGUUGGCCGGAGUAUUCGGGGGUUACAGCUGGAUAAAAGAACUGAACUUGCAGCAUCUGAUGUUUAGCUGUGAUUUCCUCUAACAUGUAGUUUAUUCAAGUGUACCACUUCAUCAAGGAUGAGCAUCAAGGAUGAGCUUGUUUUGUUUUGAAAAAUGUAAUGGAGUCAUGCUCCAGACAAAGACCACAGACAGUAAACUGUGUUCAUGUUCUACUUAAGGAUCUUCAGACUUGUAAAUCUGGAGCUAAAGCUUUCAAUUGUGAAGAAAAACAAAUCUUAAAAAUAUUUUUGUUUUAAAAAAAAGUGACACAACGCUGUUAAAGAGGCACUUUGAAGUUCUUAGCUCUUUUUUGGCCUUUUUGUUAUCUGUUUCAGUAUCGUUUUGUCUUUAACUUUUAUGCUGCUGUCUUGGACAUGUCUCCCAUGCAAAAGAGGUUUCUGACUUCAAUGAGACUUACCUGCUUUAAAUAAAUAUUAAAUAAAGUAAAUCCAUAGAAAGUGA